AAACAUUCUUUCUUUGAAAACCACAGCUGUUUAUUUAUAGAUUUCAAGGAGUUGAUUAAUAGAAAUUAUUUGCACGACGGUUUACUAGAUCUGGAUUCUAAAUCUAGAUCUAGAAGCUAUUUCUCCAGCUGAAUCACUAUGAGCCUGUCACCGUUUGAUAAUGUGGACGUGGUACUGCUUUAUGCACACCCCACCAUGCAUAACUUAGCCAGGGAGAUCUCAGAGUGUUGCCAUAAGGGGCGCAAAGAGUCGAUUUCCAACCACUCUGGAGUCAACAGUGGGCCUGACUCUACUGCAGAUCAGCCAAGUCAGAAUCAUAAGAGUCAAACACCAAUCAGAAAAGUUGAGUUCAGGGACACAAUUCAGUGGAAAAAUUUUGCAGACGGAUUUCCCAAUUUAUUCAUUGAGGAUGUGAAAUAUAUGGCUGGGAAAGAUGUUAUUUUCAUUGGAAGCUUCCACUCACCUGCCAUAGUGUUUGAGCAACUCUCAGUGCUGUAUGCUUUUCCAAGGUACCUGUCAAGGUCAUUCCACUUUAUUCUUCCCUACUUCCCCACUGGGACCAUGGAGAGAGUGGACACUGAAGGACAGAUCGCCACGGCUAAGACGUUGGCGACAUUACUUUCAUCUAUUCCAUUAAGUGCGAGAGGACCAGCACAAAUUAUUAUUUAUGAUAUUCACGCACUUCAAGAAAGAUUUUAUUUCUCAGACAAUGUUAUACCCAGGCUAGAAACUGCUGUCACCCUGUUAGAUAAAGCCCUGGCCCAGUUGCCAGAUAAAGACAACAUCAUGUUUGCCUUCCCUGAUGACGGGGCCUACAAGAGGUUCCACUUCAUGUUUCCUGACGAUGACAAAUUAAUUAUCUGUGCCAAGAAGCGAAUGGAGGGCAACAAGAAAAUUGUGACAGUUAAAGAUGGUGACCCCAGUGGCAAGCAUGUGGUUAUUGUUGAUGAUCUGGUUCAGACAGGCGGGACACUGAGGGAAUGUGGCAAGGUUCUGCUGGAUCUUGGCGCCAUCGCACUGAGUGCUUACGUGACACAUCCAGUGUUCCCUGGCCAGUCGUGGAAAAAGUUCACGCAGGAUGACCCCAAGUUCACCCAUUUCUGGAUCACAAACUCCAUCCCCCACGCUGAGGAAAUCUGCAAACAUCCCCCCUUCAAGCUUCUGUCACUAAGUGGCAUCAUUGCAGAGAAUCUGCUGGGUUUUGAUCUUAUAUCAAGAUAGAUAACUCUCCGUCGCCUGCUCUAAUGGUAGAUAACUCUCCAACAUACACACACAAGUUAGACAACUAGAGCCAACUAACACAGAAGUUAGGUAAUAUCACAUCACAAAGUUAGAUGAUUGUAUAUUGGAUAGUUAGAGAAUACCAUUGUACAAAAAUGGAAGUUAAGGAACUACCCAUUGCAUAGACUAUUAAACAAAAAGUAGGAUAACUCUCCAGCACAAAGUUUGGUAACUCCAGUCUUCACAUACUAAAGUUAGUUUACUCCACCAAGCACAUUAACAUUUGGCUUUCAUUUCUUUUCAUCUUUAAAAAAACUGCCUAUUUUAACCACAAAUUUUAAUGUGGUCAUUCUACAUUGAUAAUGUUUACAAUAAC